AGAGCUUUGUUACUUCUAGGGCCAGAUCCAUGUGGUUGUAGCGCGGUCAUGAAGAAGCGCGAGAAUUACCCAAUGACUGCAGACCGGGUGGUUCGCAUCAGAAGAGCCUGCUGCGAAAAACGUGUAGGACUGCUGCACAAGGAUUUUAUAAGCUCGGCAAGCCAGCGACAGAUGACAGGAAACGUUUUCCUCGCAAAAGAUAUAUGACACCGAGGGACCCCGAUAAAAGUGGCACUUGCUGAAGGCGUUUUGGCUGAACCAAAGGUGCCACUCUUGCACGACGGGGUGCUAUUUUCUUUGUAUUCUCGGAUAGAUAAGCUGCUUUACAGGAAGGAUAACCUUCUUGAUGUCCUUUACAUAUUAGAUAUAUUAUUGUUGCAACGUUUUUUGAAAGAAAUGCCUGUUCUCGGCGCCUCUGC